GUUAAUAGAACGAACAGGAAGACAAGAACUUAAAAGCAAAAAUGCCGGCUCACUUCAAUAACAAACAGAAACGUUCACACCUGAACAAAUGCUGUAUCCUAAACAUAAAUAUUCUGGAAAUUAAAUUCAACUUCUGUUUGAACUACAACCUUUGACUCUCUCUAUUAGAUGGAACUAGUUUUAGGGAAAUAAAAACCUGCUAUUGUAUAUUCUAUCUAGGAUAUAAACACUGACAUAUAUAUUCUGGAAAUUAAAUUCAACUUCAGUCUGAACUACAACCUUUGACUCUCUCUAUUAGAUGGAACUAGUUUUAGGGAAAUAAAAACCUGUUGUAUAUUCGAUCUGGGACAUAACACUGACAUUAAUUCUUAUUUUAUUGAAAUGGAGCUAGCGGCUUAUUCUACUUCCAGGAAUUAAGGAAUUAGACAUGGAUUGUAUUGGAACCAAGUCAACAAAGUGCAAGAAGCUCAUUCGGUUGAGCCCGAAGUCUAAAAAGAAACCAUCCCGGAACAAAGAACCGAACGGCAUGGAUGCCAGUGGCAUUGACCACAAGGAAAACAAUAGUAGACUUCCGAAUGGCUUCACAGAUAAAGAAACAUACGACAUGAAGCAAGCGUUUGGUUUAUUCGAUAAGAAUAACGAUGGGAAAAUCUCGAGUGAUGAAUUAGGCCGAGUGUUACGGACGUUAGGUCAUAAUUAUUCCAAUGAUCAAGUUCAAGAAAUGAUCAGUAAUGUAGAUACAAAUGAAAACGGGUAUGUAGAAUUUGAUGAAUUUAUAACUAUGAUGAAGCGUUGGCAACACAAUUUGUCAUGUGACACCGAAUGUGCGUCUGCUCCAGUAAAACCAGCAGACGAUAAACAUUAUGAAGCAUUCAAAGCUUUUGAUAUGGAUGGCAAUGGGUAUAUAGACAAACAUGAACUUAAAUACACAAUGCGCAGACUCGGGGAAAAUUUAUCAGACGAUGAUAUUAAAGCAAUGUUUAAAGAGGCAGAUUUAAAUGGAGACGGACUUAUAGAUUUCAACGAAUUUAAGCGGCUACUACAUCAUUUCUGCCCGGAAUGAACGAACUAUUAGAACAUUGUUAUGGAAACCAUUACGUCAGUGAUCACGUGACUCCAAGUGUCCAAUCACGAUGCAAUAUAUAGUUAUCCAAGGAAAACUUAAUGGAUGGAGCGAUCACUGGAGUUGUUUCUUGAUAUUAUUCAUUUCCCAUACCAGUGAUUGAAGUUAGUUGGAAGAAGUGUUUUAUUUGAUUUUCUAAAACAAAAACCAGGAGGUUCUCAAUAUUUAUAAAAGAGUACAUGCAACUGUGGCCAUUCUGAAAAACUUUCUAUUUUGACAAAGCAAAGCCGUUCUUUCUCUCAAAACUAUAAGUAGAUAUAUAACCCAGCAUUUUCUCAUGAACAUAAGUAAGGAGGGGUAUUGCCAUUUCAUUUUUAGAAAUGGAAAUGUAAAGUAUUUGAUAUUUCAUUUAUGCAACGAAAUAAUCUCUGAUAUGUUCAUUAUAGAUGUAUCUGUAAAUUUACUGCAAUUGUUAAGGUUUAACUUUUCCUAAUUAAAUUUUGGAACUUACCAGUUGCAUUUAAAUGAGUGCUGAAUCUUUUGAUAAAAUACAUGGAAAACGUAGUUUGAAUAAUCAAUUCUACACAGAUUUUGAGAACCUCCUGUUCUUUAUAUAUUUCUAUUGUGAUACCUCUUAGAAUACUCAAAUUAUCAGACAAAGCCAGUGUGAUAAGUUAUUAUAGUUGUAGGAGUUGUCUUUCUUGAUAAGUUUUUAUACUUGUAGCAGUUGUCUUUCUUAUCCUAGAAUAUUAUUUAUAAAGUUAAACUUUAAUUUUUUUCGAAUUUGAAUAUUUUGAAUAUCAUGCCUCUUUGCAUGUAGAUAUGAUAAAGAUGUAUUUUAAUCUUGAGCUAAUUAAAUUUUAGUUAAUUUUGAUUAAAAAUUAUUUGUUAAGAAUAAUAGAUGAUUAUGGUGCGGAGAUUUAUAUAAGUGUUACUACGCAAUUUUCGUUGUCUAUAUAGAAAUAUACUAAACAAUUACAUUUAUUAAACGUAACAAUAGUGUAGUAGUAAUUUUCGUAUCAUAAUAGAUGAAAAACUGAACUUCUUAAUUUAAAAUAUUUAAACAAAAAUAAAA